GAUUUCUCCGAGUUAGACACAAUGGAAUCGGAUCCGAACUGGAGCCGAAUGGAACUCGGAAAGCCCAAAGAAUUCUCUGCCAGGUUGAUCCCCUUCCCGAACGCCGAUGUCCGCGGCAAGCUCACUUCCGAUCAGCUCAACGUUCUCAUCUCCCAAUAUCUCCUGGAAAAAGGUUUCAAACAUACUGCAUUUGCAUUUGAUGAUGAAGCAGAGAUUGAGAAUAUUCCAAUUGAUAAAAGCAAAAUUGACAAGGAUGCUCUUUCUUCAUUUGUACAUAAAGGUCUUCAAUACUCCCAAUUGGAGGCAAAUUUGCAUGCAACCAAUGAUGAUUCUUGUAUAGAGUGUUAUCGCCUUGAACCUUUGGAUAUUAUGACAAAUAGUGUACAUGGCUUAUCAAAAAUCAUAAAGAGGAGGAAAGAUAAGGGGAAGGGAAAAUGCAUUGACUAUGGUGUAUCUAACCAAGAGCAAGAAAGCAAAGAACAGGGAAAAAAUAUUGAUGUGCAUGGAGGACCUCAAUUAAUGGACCACACCCCUAAUUCGCCAUUAGUGACUCAUCAAGUUUCUGACUCAGAUGCAUAUCUUUUGGAAGGACAUAGUUUAAAGGUUUCUGCCUGUGCUUGGAGUCCGACAGAUUCUCUUCUAGCAGUUGGGUCGUCAGAUUCAAUGGCAAUGAUAUGGAAAAUUUCUAAUGACCUUUCCACUAUUUAUAAUUCAAAUCCGGAUGUGCAGUGUCUAAUUCGUCCUGAUGCAAUCGACAAUGGGCUAGAUGGAUUCAACACACUUGCUUGGAACGGAGAAGGGGAACUACUUGCAACAGGGUCAUUGGAUGGGCUGGUAAUUAUCUGGAGUAAGAAUGGUGACUUAAAGAAGAGGCUGGGAAAUCAUAGAGCUGUUAUAUUCUUCAUAGGAUGGAACAGUAAAGGUGAUUUUCUCCUUACCGGUAGUCGUGGUAACAGAAUUGUUGUUUGGGACACUAAUACAUGGGAGUCUAUACAAGAAGUUGCAUUUCAUUCAGAACUGCUUGCUGUUACAUGGAGGAAUGAUACUUCAUUUGCAGCAUGCUUAAGGGACAAGAGAAUUUGCAUUUACAACAUUGGAGAGCCUAAGCCAGUCAAAACUUUUUCUGGAUAUCAGGCUGACCUUCAUGGUAUCAAAUGUAAUCCUACUGGGAGUUUGUUGGCUUCAUACUCUCAUGGCAUGACCAUAAAGGAAAUGGAGUCCUCCCUCAGCAAAAGUACCACUUUCCCACUUUCAAAGCAACAUUUUUCCAAAAAUCCCUAUACAGGUCUCAAUAGCUAUCCUUUAGACUCUCCAUUUUCUUUUCAUAUCCCUCUCCACUUAUCAUUAGAUCCACAAGAGAGAAACUAUAUUGAUAACAUUUGGGCAAAUAAUCGAAAUCCUCAUUUUCCAAAAAUCCCCACUUCCUUUAGUGAUUACCUCCACCAUAAAAAUCUUAAAAUGCAGCUUCAUGAACCUUCUCUUAAACCCAAAUCUUUAGAUGCUUUCUUAGAACUCCAACAAACAAAUCUUAUCCUUUCCGGAGAAAUAUUAGAUCUUAAACAGCAACUAGAACAGAUAACAAAAAAGUAUGAACAAGAAAAGACUGAGAAGAACUUAUUAAAAGAAGAAUGGGAAAAAGAAAUGAAAAAUAGAGAGCAAGGUUUUGAGAAAUUUCCUCCUCAAAUCAGUCUUUUCCAGAAUGAAAUCAUGAAGAUAGUAUACCAAGACAAACACCAUCAAUUGGUUCAGAUGGUGCAAUUCUUAGAAAAAAUGGCGACUUCUCCUUUACAAGUUGACGGACUUAGUUUCUACAUGCUAAAAUUCAGAGGACAACAUCAUCCAGGAAUUCAGACAUGCAUAUGCCAGGAAGGUUUUUCUAUAAUCCAAGCCACAAUUAGUCUUUUUGAAUGGGACGGAACUUUCACUGAUUUUACUAUUGAACAACUCUUUGAGCUUGGACUGUUGAAGAAACUAAUUAUUACUAAAGAAGAACAAAUGAAGAUCUUACCCCAAUUUCCUACAAGACUUAAAAAGAUUAUAUCCUCUAUGAUGAGCUACUACCCAAGACAUUUUGUUGUGUUAGAAAUUUUCAGUAUUCCUCCUUCAUAUCAAGGAUAUCCAGUCUACACUCAACACUAUGUCCGAAUUGAUAUGGUCCGCCAUGGAAGUCCUACUACUUAUCAAUGGGAUUAUCAUUCUUUCUCAUCUAAUCAUAUUGAGCUCUCUAUAGAAGAAAGACUUAAAAGGUGGAGAGCUUAUGCUCUUGGAACAGUUGACAAGAAAUAA